AUGACGCAAGCCCUCUUCAACAAAUGGCUACACACCGGGGGUGCGCGAUUUUCGCGGCAGAAGAAGAAAGUACUUUUCCUUGUUGAUAACUGCCCUGGACAUGGGACUGUAACAGGACUGAAGUCGAUUCAGUUGGAGUUUCUCCCGGCCAACACCACGGCACUGUUGCAGCCCAUGGAUCAGGCAGUUAUUCAAGCUCUGAAAGCCCGCUUCCGCAAGGGUCUCCUGCAGAGGAUGCUGGUGUGUAUGAACCAGAAUAAGGAGUACAAGGUGGACAUUCUUGGCGCCAUUCAUCUUAUUGCCGAUGCCUGGAGGCAGCUGACUGCUAAUACUAUAGCAAAUUGCUUUAGGCGUGCGGGAUUUUUUUCGAGUGACCAGGCAUCCAACUUGCAGGAUUUGCGUGAAUGUGACGGUAGAGAUGCCCUUGAAAGGCAGGAGGUAGUAGAGCAGUGUGCUUUAAAGGAAAUCCAUCUGGACUUUGAUGAGUACGUGCACAUCGAUGGUGAUGUUGUGACUUGCGCUGAAAACGCGGUGGAGAGCACUGUUGCUGAGGUGUGUGAUGAAGAAGAAAGUGAGCCAGAAGAGAAAUCUGAAGGGGUAGCUACCGUGGAGCCUACUACACUUCAAGGAGUGGAAUGA